AUGCAGGAACGCCACCACAACCGCUCUUCGUCGAACCUCGCCGCCUCGUUCGGCUUCACCCCUUCGUCCCCACUGUACCGUCGCUCGACCUCGACCAAGAGUUCACCCCAGCAGACCUGUAACGCUUCGACCAGCUCCAGUCCGACGAGGCAGCAGCUCCAAGGGUUCGCCUUGCAAGAGGAUGAGAGCUGCUCCGGAUCGAGCGACGAGGGUUCGCUCGAUCAGGACAGCGGCUUGAUGAUCUCGUCCAAAUCCAAGGGCAAACGAAAGAGCGAGGACCUUAUCCCGACGACGACAACCACAACGACAUCGAAUGCAUCGGCGAUGGAUGGGAUAGCCAUACCUGGCGCCGGUGUUCCCCAUUCACGCUCAUCAUCCGUUGACGACGUCCAACAGGGACCCAGUCUGGCGCAGUACAUCCAGCAGAAACGGCGGCAGGCUUCGGGGCCGUUCCAUACGCUUGCACCGAUAACGACCUCGCUCUUUGGCAUUAACGGAGGUUUCACAGUCGCUAUGUCGUCCAGCGCGCCGGGAGGGUUGGUUGGAAGAGAGGCCGAGUUGGCGGGCGGUGUCGACGGCGAACAUUUUGCCGGUGGACGAACGAGGAGUCGCCCCGCCUCAAGAAGAGGCACCGUCUCGAAUCUUCAUCUUGGCUCCUUACCUUCUUCGAACGCCGCUUUUUACCCCGACUCGGACUCGGCCUCGGCCAUGGUCAUGACACCGACGACCGAGGAAUGGCGCUCGUUGGGCGGUCAGCUAUCCCUUUUGGCCGACAUCCGUGCCAAGGAUGAAGCGAGGUUGUUGGCACUCGAUCGACCGCCCUUGCCCCUCUCGAGAGGAUCGUUGGCAUCGACCUCGACGAAUUCGACCACCUCGUCAGCCUCGUCCUCAAUUGACGUCACACCCUCUAGCUUAUCUGCCCCGGUCGACAGGGCACGAUCGCCUUUAGGGACUGGGCCCUUGACACCACCGUUGUUGAGCGCUUCGACGCAGAGCUUUACCCUCGACUCUAAUCAACCCGUCACACCACCUGCCGAAACCGUCAAGUCGUCGUUCGGGUACCAAACUUCUCGAUCAGGCUUCAGCCACUCGGGUGCAGUUUCGACCUCGCAUGGGGAUCGAGGUGGUCUAAUGGGGAUGGACACCAGCAUCGAGGAUUUGCGGACACGACCCGUUGACGAUGACGAAGACGGCUCGAUGCUCCUGGGGAGACCCCGGACCGAACCUGUGAAACAGUGCUCCAAGUUCGUCCCCGGGCAUCGAGCGCAGCAGCAAUCGGACUCGUCAAUCUCGACCACGAACCGACCCAACCUAUCGAGGGGCUCUCUCUCAACCCCGAUGGGGACCCCUUCGAUAUGGACACCGAAUCGUAACGAAACGGACCCGUUCGACGCACCGACGAACGAUUCAACUCGCGCGAAACAACCCGAGGCCGCACCGCUGGACCCGUCGCACUCGUUGGGGGCGAUCGACCCGCGGUGUUACUCGGCCGUGACGGGUCGGAGGUCUAUUGAGUCCUUCGUCAUCGAAUCUGAAGCCGGUCGAGGGGCGUAUGGGACUGUGCAGAAGGCGAGGGAGAAAGGCCCCGAUGGGGAACCGAUAGGCCCGACGGUGAUCAUCAAGUACAUCAUCAAGCAACGCAUCCUCGCCGAUUGUUGGAAGAAGCACAAGAUCCUCGGACCGAUACCCGUCGAAGUGCACGUCUUGGACCACCUUCGAAGGGUGCCGUACGUCGCUCGAACGCCGAGUCGAAGGAAAGCGGAUGGUGGGUUCGUCAAACCGGUCGGGAAGCCAGUGAGGAGGAAUUCGGCCCCGAUCAGCCUCAAGGAAGGGGUCAUGACGGGCCAUCCUAACAUUUGUGGCAUGUUGGACUUUUUCGAGGAUGGCGAGUUUUACUACUUGGUGAGUCGUGUCGCAUCCGUUCGGCGCUCUAGUCAUCUCUGUGGCUGACACGUAGCUUGACGUUUUCUCCGUCUCGUCUGUUUGCAGGUCAUGCCACAAGCAGGACCACCACCCUCGAAUGACCUGUUCGAUUACGUCGACCUCCACCCCAACGGUCUCCCCCCCUCAACGAUCCACUCGAUCCUCUCGCAACUCUGUUCGGCUCUCGACUUUCUGCACUCGCACAACAUCGUGCACCGCGACAUCAAAGACGAGAACAUAAUCCUCUCCUCCACGGGCCACAUCCAUCUGAUCGACUUUGGUUCGGCGGCCUACGUCAAGGAUGGGAAGAAGUUUGACACGUUUUCCGGGACGUUGGAUUUCGCCGCUCCCGAAGUAUUGAGAGGCGCUAGGUACGGGGGUAAAGAGCAAGAUCUUUGGGCGUUGGGUGUGUUGGGGUACGUGUUGAUCUGUGGCGAGUGCCCGUUCUGGAGCCCUGAGGAGGCGAUGAAAGGGCUCGAAAAAGGUUCGAGGGCCGAUUUGGCGUUACAGGCUAAAAUCGACUUAUUCGAUGGAAUGGUCGAGGAUCCGAACGGGACGAGGACCGUGUCUUUUUCGAAGGAGGAUGACGAAGACGAAGCUCUUUCGAAUUUGUUGCCUCGACCGUCGAUGUCGGACGCCGUCGACCUCGUCAAACGAUGCCUCGAGACCGAUCCACUGGACCGACCUACGGCGAACUGGGUGUGCGACCAUCGGUUCUUGUUGGGUAAAGAAGGGUGGAGUGGGAGAAGAGGUUGGGAAUUGAUCGUCGGGGAGGAGGGUUCGAAUUUCGACGAUGUGGAUGGGGCGUGA